UUUUAAUUCCCCGUAUAGUUGGCAGUUCACUUGACACACAUAAAUGUGAGUGACAUUGUUUCCCCAUUUAUGUCUACGAGAAAGGUAAGAGAUGGAACGCCUAAACCACCACCGCCUACCACCACAACAAGAUCCAAGAAACCAACAGAAACGACGAAAAAAGAAACAUCCAAAACUAAAACUACUUCCAGAAUACGCAGCAAAAAAACUGAAGAUGAAGACGAAAAAGCUAAAAAACUUACAACAAAGCCACUUCUUAGUCACAGUUCUAAUAAAAAAGUAAGUAAGCCAGCACCCGGUAAAAAAAUAGUCAGUACUGCCAAACCACCGUCAAGUAGGCCUGCCACCCCACCAAGUACUAGGGUCACAAAAUCGCAAUUUUUUCCCAGUAAAAAAAUGUACUCAAAUGCACUUAAGCGUGACGGCAGUAAAAAGAUAAGUACGACGAAAAGCUCACUAAUACACGAAGUACCCACCCCUAAAGCAGUUGACGACGUGUCACCAGACACCAGUUCAAUGUCCGAUAGACCUAGAACCGCCACCCUACGCAAAGGAAGUAUCGUCAACAAAAAUAUUGUUGGUCCUGACGUACCCAAAACAAAAGUGACUUUGCCUGUUAAACUUGCAGAAACCAAAGUGGUUCCUAAAAUCAAAGUACCUCUCGCUGUCAAAGUCGAAGAACCACCAAUUGAAUACGAAGACGAUUUCGAUUCGUACGAAUCUGAUUUCGACGAAUAUGAUUCUUCAGGUACUAGUACACACCUGUCAAGUGGUACUACGUCCACUGAAAGCAGCGAAAGUGAGUCGGCGGAGCUCAAAUCUGCUCCAAAACGGGUCAGCUCGGCCGGUACUGACGACGAAAAAAAAUUAGAUUCAGGCAAUUACGAAUUACCCGAAUCAAGACAUCGACAAAUUUUGGACAAUAUUAAGGAGUCCAUAGAAAAAGAAAAUGCAAAUUUGAAUCAUGAACACAAUAGGAGUAAUUUAGGGUCACUGUCGGACGAGGGUUUCGAAGAUGGGAAGUCGCUACAGUUCAUUAACUUUCUCGGAGCUCAGAAAAAGUACCAGCAUCGAAAAAGCGUGGAACUAAGACGGAAGCGUGGCGAAGAAAUCUUGAGUAUGAUUAGAUUGGACACGUAUAGUUUUACUUUAUAUGAUUCAGCGCCAGUGCCUUACGACGUUUUCAUAAAAAGCUACGGUAAAAGCAAUAGUGUACAAGCUUCGGUCCAAACGGGAGAAGACGAUCUAAAUGAAGAAGUACAAACGGAUGAAAUUCAUUACAGUAACAAAUGGACGCAGUGUCCGCCUUGCUUUCCCCAGUUUGAAGAAAGUGAAGAUUUUUGGGAGGUGUACAAGUGCAAUUACUUAGGUGUAGGUGGGGAUACCGUGGAUAGACAAAAACGUGUAGAUAUCUUCAAUGAAAACAGUUUGGAAAAAUUUUUGCUAAAUGCAGGAAACCUCAUACUUAAUUUACAAGCAGAAGUGGAUGUACAAGUUAAUGCUCAAACUAACAAUAACAGCAACAUACCUUUCAGUAAAAGUUGUGUUCGUUACAAUACCCAAAUUCAAGAUAUAGUCAAAGACAGGCCACUUGUUGAUGUUUGUUUUUCGUCAAGUAACUCUAAUCAAAUCUUCACUGUUCACGGACAGAAGAGUGAAGAUAAUUUUCAAAAAAGUGUUAUUUGUUUGUGGAAUAUAUCUAAUGUUGAAGUGCCUGAAAUGUUGCUGUUUGCGUAUGGCGAAAUUACUUGUUGUGCUGUCAGUUUGGAAUGUCCAAAUUUACUUUUUGGAGGUUUGAAUAACGGAUCAUUAGUCGUUUGGGAUACCACAGAGAAUUCAAAAUACCACAAAAAUGUCUAUGGCAAUAAUAAGGACGAUGUUGUUUACCGCAGUCCAACGUACAUCACGGAAAUUAGUGAAAUUAAAUAUGGCCAUUAUCAGAAAAUUGUAACUAUUCAACCCAUAACAAACAAAUCGACCGAGAAACAUCUAUUUACCGUCCAUAAAGCUACUGAGGUGUGUAGUUUGGACAUAGAUGGAGAUGUUAUAUUGUGGAGUGUCAUUUUUAAACAUAAAAAUGAAGGAAAAGUGGUAGAAAAACAAGGCUUAGCUCAUUGGGGAUCUGUGAUAUUAACCAUAAACACUAAAAUAUCUUUGAAGCAAUUAUAUCCAGAAAUUGACGAUUUCAAUUGUACCGAUAUGGUUCUCAGUCCUUUGAAUUCGAGCGAUUUGUACAUUUCAACCAGUUAUGGAAUAAUUAUUCACUGUUUGUCGAACGGAGGGAAAACCAGCGUAAAGAAAUUACUACCAGAAACCCAGUCACAAGCAACUUGCCUAGAAAUGUGUCCCUUUUCUUCCGACUAUGUCCUGGCUGGAUUUGAUAAUGGCAAUAUAAACUUGUAUUCUCGCAAUGUGGAAAAACCUUUGAAGGUAUUAUCUAACAAAGAUGCUACUGAAGGCAAAUGCCAAAUACAGAAAAUCCAGUGGUCACACAACCGCCCAUCAGUUUUUUACACUAAAGAUGUUACAAACACCAUACACGUUUGGAACUUGAAGGUUAGCGAUAUGUUUCCCAUUUAUUCUGUUCCUUUCAAAGAAAACAUUGUGUGUAUGAAACUGUCGCCAAUAAUUAGUGGCAGUGAUGGCACCCAUGAAGAAACUUACAUGAUGAUUGCGGCUGACAAUGGUUCAGUUUAUCUUCACUUGCUGAACCACGAACACGAUCAACAACCCGUUGAAGAAUACGAAAAAGAUAAAAGAAUAUUUUUAAACUACAUAAAUAGAUACAUUUAGUUUGUUAAUAGUUUUAAGAAUCACUAUUGUACCAUG